AAGAUAAAUGUAGGAUCGUUAGGAUGACUGCUUUCUCAAAUUUCUCAAACUUCUUUGUACUUCUAUAAAGAGAAUUGGCGUAAAAAUCGACAAUGAUCGACAUUCUAGAAGCCGAAUAUGUCGAAACGCUCUGUCACAUAAGUAAAAUCGUAUCGGAUGAUGGCUUAUGUGAGAAAACCAUAGAUGGUGUACCAAUACGAAAAUUAUUCGUUGAUAAUUUGGCUGAAAGGACAACUUUUAGAGACUUACGCAAUUGCUUUUCUAUAUAUGGAAAUAUUGAAAAUUGUUAUUUACGUAGAAAUCAAGGAAGAAAAAAUUAUGCAUUUGUUACAUUCACCAAAGUAGAAGAUGCGAUGGCAGCCAUGCUAGAUGGAAGUAGGAAACAAAUAAGAGUACACAAUAGAGACUUAAGGGUAAUGGCUGCAGAUUCCUGGCAUCAACCUGAUAGUAUAGACCAAAAAUUAUAUAGCACAGGAAAAGAGUCAAACAAAACUUUUGAGAAAAAGACUAUUAAUGAACAAUGUCAUCAAUUUUUGCAAAAUGAUAGUGAAGAUGUGUCUAUCCAUAUAUUGAAUGAUGAUUGUUUAAGACAUAUUUUUUUAUUUUUACCAAUUAUUGACAGAGUCCGCAUAGAAAGAGUUUGCAAACGCUGGAGAGAUCUAAGUCAAGAUUCUUGGCGUAUGAUGAAAACAUUGGAUCUUUCACCUUCUACAUGGGGUUUUGUAGAAACUCAUACAAUUUGUACAGCUACACUUCGCAAGAUAUUAUUAAAAUGCGGCAAGUUCCUAACACAAAUAAAUCUGUCUGAUACAAGCAAUUUUUUACGACAAAGUACAUUAACCAUUGUUGGAAAACUUUGUCCUAAUCUUACAAGUAUCGAUGUUACUGCACUAACAAUUUGUGCAUCAGGCAUUGAUACAUUAGCAAGUAAUUGUAAAAAUAUAAUUAGGUUUAGUUUAGGACCUUCAAUAUAUAGCUGUGAUAAUGAAUUAAAGAAUCUCUUCAAAGUAAAUAAAAACUUGGAAUAUCUUGCUAUAAGCAAAAAUAAUAUUGUGGGCAAAUCUUUACUAUGCUUGCCAGCACAAACUAUGCAUACAAUUAUAUUGGACAAAUGCGACAAUAUUCAAGAUAAUCACUUUUCUACAGCAUUAAAAAAACUCGAAAAUUUGAAACAUCUUGCAAUAAAUAAUUGUUCUGGCAUAACUGUACGCACAUUGAAAGCUAUCGGUGAACAUUGUAAAGGUCUGAAUGAGUUAGAAAUUGAAGGAGGUCUCCUUUUCGCAGAAAUAGUGGAUGUGUUACAUUUAACUAAACUUGUUAAUCUGAAAAUCUUGAAAUUUAUAUAUAACCCUCUAGUAACAGAUGAAUUUCUUAUUAAUUUGGCACUACAAUGUCAGCAGCUUAUCUAUUUAGACAUUACAGGUUCUCCCGAUGUGACUGAUACUGGAUUAGCAGCUAUUGCUACAUUACCAAAAUUGGAAAAAUUAAUUAUCAAUUAUGUAAAGAAAAUUACUGAUAAUGGAUUGGAAAAUAUGCGUGGCUUAAAAGAACUAGAAUGUCGAAAAUGUAGAUCAAUUAGCGAUCAGAGCAUGUCAAUGUUUAUUAGAUCCUCACCUCAUUUACAAUUAUUGGAUAUCUCUGGAUGCAUUAAUAUUACGAACAUUACUCUCGAUGCCGCUAAAGAUGCCUGCUACACUCGCACAAAUAACUUAAUGUUAAAGAUGAUUAUUGGAAAUACAGCAAUUUUUCCUAUAACAGAACAAGAUGAAGAGCAAACAUCCCCGCUUUUGCAAAUAGUUAACGUGGACUUAUGUGACGAUGACUUUUUUAUGUUUGAUGAAGAUCUAAUUGAUGAAGACAUAUAUGAUGGUAAUGAGUCUUGGAUUGAUGAAGAUUCAGAUUAUGAUUAUGAAGGAAGUUAUGAGGAUGAAGAUUUGUCGCCCAAUUUUUUUUAAAAAUUUGGCAUGUUUAUUUUCUGUGAUUAUAUAAUAGAUUUUUAGGGAUAGGCACUUUAUGCUUGCAUAAUAGCAUAAUGUGUCAAAAAUUGUUCUUAAGCUCUAAUUUUGAUAGUUAUGCAUAGUACACACUUAAUAUUGAUAGAUUUUGCAUAAUAACGUAUAAUAACGUAUUGAUAGAUUUCGCAUAAUAACGUAUAAUAAAUUCUCCGCGCAACAUAAUACAAUUCUCGCAUAAUUAUGGCAUCAUGGUCGCAAAAAAUCCGUUUUUACACUUAAAACACUCGGAUUUGAGGAAAAAAGUUUUUUUUUUCAAAAUAAUGAAUUGCAAUAUUUUUAAUACAAAAACAAAAAAGUCUAAGAUCACAUAAUUACGUAUAAAUAGCGGAUUUAACACACAUAAUUGGCGCAUAAUCGCUAGAUUCUUGCGCAUCAUGAGGACAUAAUCAAGUACAUUUUCCUGGCAUAAUCCAUUGGUGUUCAAAAAAUAUAUAUCAUAAAGUGCCUAUCCUUAUAGAUUUUCUAUGAAUAUAGUUAAUAUAUACUAUCAAUGUCACUAAUUCUUAAAACUAUGUAUACAUAUUGUGUUCUAUAAUGAUACUUUAUAUUAUAUGAAUAAACUGAG